CAUUCUGACUCGGCAGGGAAUCGAUCGAUUCGAAAAAAAUCGAAUUACAGCAUGGCGACAAGGUCUGAUGAUAUCGGACGGCCCGGUCCAUAUAUGUCUCGUGGACGGCCCCCCCUUUGUGGUGUGGAUUGACUUCACUUCAGCCACGACAAGCAAAAAAAAGUUCUAAAAAGCACGAUAUUUGACUGAUACAUAUAAUGCAUUGAUGGAAAGGCGAUUGAAAUUUCUAUUCCAAUAUAUUAUUGAACGAAUCAAGACACAGUCUCUUCCGACAGACACUCAAUCGCCAACGACAUGGCUAUCAUGACGUCAAAUAACCAAGACCCAGAAAAGGACUUUGAGGAUAGCUCAUCUGAAAAUGACGUCCAGAAGAAGGUUUCUUUACGCCAACGCCUGGAGAAGUUUACCUGGGCCUGGUUUACCAGCACCAUGGGUACAGGUGGAGUUGCUUUACUCCUAGGCGUAACACCUCAUCAAUUCCGCGGACUCAAUACUAUCGGCGUCAUUGUUUACAUUUUCGACUUGGUCCUCUUCUCUGCUCUCUGCACGACCAUGAUGUGCCGUUUCAUUCUCUGCAAGGGCAGUUUCAUUCGGUCGUUUACCUCCCCACAUGAGUCUCUGUUCGUCAGCACUUUUGGUCUUUCCUUGUCGACCAUCAUCAGCUGUAUGCAGCAUUAUGGUGUCCCGCACACGGGUUACUGGCUGGUGGUGGUUGUACGAAUACUCUUUUGGAUCUAUGCUGCUUGCACAUUUUUACUGGCCAUUGUUCAGUAUCAAAUCCUCUUUACCGGCAAACCGUUAACCAUGCAGAACAUGACUCCGGCGUGGCUGCUGCCCAUCUUUCCGGCCAUGAUUGCAGGUACCAUUGCCUCUGCCAUUGCCGCAGGGCAGCCACCCAAGCAAGCUAUUCCAAUCAUCAUCUGUGGUGUCACGUUUCAGGGCCUUGGUAUGCUGGUUGCUGUCUUUGGAUAUGCCAACUGGAUGGGCCGCCUCUUCCUCUACGGUUUACCUCCGCCAAGCGUUCGGCCGGCCAUGUUCAUUGCCGUCGGUCCACCAUCUUUCACAGCCCUCGCACUCAUUGGCAUGGCUGAUGCCGCCAAAAUCGUGAUGCCAGACCACUACGUCGCGGGUACGACCUCUGUGUUGACUGCCGACGUACUCAAGAUCAUGGCCGUCUUUACAGGCGUCUUCCUCUGGUCGGUAUCCUUUUGGUUCAUCUGUCUCGGUGCCGUCGCCGUCCUGUCAAAGGUCCGCGAAAUGAGCUUUCAGCUCAGCUGGUGGAGCUUCGUCUUCCCCAACACCGGCUUCAUCAUUGCCACCAUCCAAAUCGGCCACGGUCUCGGCAGCCCAGCAAUUCUCUGGGUAGGCAGCGUCCUUACCGUCAUUCAAGUCGCCAUGUGGCUAUUUGUCGGAACCUGCCAUACCUGGGCCUUGCUCAAGGGUGAUCUUCUCUAGAGGAAUGAUUGCAUAUUGUGCAAAAAAACUACAUUACAACGACAUCAUUUGGAGGAUGACCUAGUCACGGAAAAUCGCAACCAUUAGAGUCAAAAGCAUUUGGGAUGGAGUUACAAGGUUGGUCAAUCUGGCAUUGACCUCAUGCAAAAUCAAAAUUUGUCCUCUUUUCUUUUUUUUGCGUUUUCCGUCUUUUGCAUUUCAUUCCAUUUACCCCUUCCCCCUCUUCAUCUUCCAAUUUUGCGUUUCCUCUAUCUGCAUCGACUUUUCCCAUGGCGCACAAUACCAUUAGACGCGCCCUUUUUAGAUUCCUUUCGCUUUUCUUUCAGCGAUGCAUAUCGGUAUAGACAGAAUAGACUUGGCAUCACUGGUUCCUUAGAUAUAGACUCAUUUCAAUUCUCUACGCAUUUAGACUAGACGAUAUACCCUAAUGAAUCCAACGAAAUUU